AUGGUUCAACAAAAGCUCACACAAGAGGAAUACGACGUGAUAAUCGAUCUUGCGAGACAUGGGGAUCUAGACGAUUUAAAAGAAAUUUUUGAAGAAUUAGAUGGUGAUUUAUUACUAGAGAUUAAAGAUGAACAUACAUUAACAAAUCCAAUCCACAUGGCUUGUGGGAAUGGUCAUUUAGAAGUUGUUAAAUACUUAUUAUCCAAAAUAUCUAAAGAUCAAGCUACAAAGCUUAUAAACUCACAAAAUAAUGAAGGUAAUACUUGUUUGCAUUGGGCUUCAUUAAAUGGUUACUUGGAUAUUGUUAAAUUAUUAUGUGAUGAAUAUGAAGCAGAUGCUUUUAUUAAAAAUAAAUUUCAACAUGAUCCAAUUUUUGAAGCUGAAAAUAAUAAUAAAGAUGAAGUAGAAACUUAUUUCUUGAAAAAAUAUGAUGUCGAACCAAUUGCUGAUGAAGAAGGUAAUGUUAAUAUUAAUAUUAAUAAUGAAAGUGAUGUUAAAAUUAAACCUGGUGAAGAAAUCGAACAAAUUUCUAAAGAAAAAUUAGCAUCAUUACAAUCAAAUGAAGAGUUUAUAGAGGAAAGAACAAAGAAUUUGAGUUUAUAA